AUGGCAGUCCCCUUAAACGGCCAGUGGCAGUGCCAGUGCCCGCCGCACAAGCGGUGUUGCAAGAUCCAGCCGAGCAUGCUCGCCUGCGAUCUCGCCGAUCUCGCCUCAGAGGCGAAGAGCGUGCUGGCGGCGGGAGCGGACGAGCUGCACCUCGACGUGAUGGACGGGCACUUUGUGCCCAACAUGUCGUUUGCGCACCCGGUGGUGGCCAGCCUGCGCAAGCACGUGCCCGACGCGUACCUCGACUGCCACAUGAUGGUCUCGCGACCGUCGCAGUGGGUCGAGGCGGUGGCCGGCUCGACCAAGGGCGCGGGAGCACGCUACACGUUCCACCUGGAGGCGGUGGAGGAGGACGAGCUCGACGUGGCGGGCGUCGUCAAGCUCAUCCGCGACCACGGCAUGCAGGUCGGCGUCGCCAUCAAGCCCGGCACCGCGGUCGAGGCGCUCUCCGCCGUCGUCGCGCUCGUCGACAUGGUGCUGGUGAUGACGGUGGAGCCGGGCUUCGGCGGGCAGAAGUUCAUGCCCAACUGCAUGCCCAAGGUCCUCGCGCUGCGCAGCGAGCACCCGGACCUCGACAUCCAGGUGGACGGCGGCCUCGGCCCUUCGACCAUCGACGCGGCGGCGGCCGCGGGAGCCAACCUCAUCGUCGCGGGAUCAACU